AUGUCUAUGGUGUGUCUUUCUGACUUUGAAGCUUAUGCUAAGAAGUAUUUGCCCAAGAUUGCUUGGGAUUAUUUUGCAGCUGGAGCAGACGACUGUUCCACACGAGAUGAAAACAUCCUGGCAUAUAAAAGAAUUCGUUUCCGGCCACAUAUGCUGCGGGACGUAUCCGUGAUGGACAUCAGGACUAAAAUCCUGGGUUCUGAGAUCAGCUUUCCUGUAGGAAUUGCCCCUACCGGCUUCCACCAGCUAGCAUGGCCUGAUGGAGAGAAAAGCACAGCCAGAGCGGCCAGAGCAAUGGACACGUGCUACAUCGCCAGCACCUACUCCACCUGCUCGCUGGAGGAGAUCUCCGAGGCUGCGCCCGGUGGCCUCCGCUGGUUCCAGCUCUACAUCCACCGCAACAGGGCAGCUUCCCAGCAGCUGGUCCAGCGGGCAGAGGCCUUGGGCUUCCAGGCCCUCAUCCUCACCGCCGAUCUGCCCUACACGGGCAAGAGACGCGAUGAUGUCCGCAAUGGCUUCCGCCUUCCUCCCCACAUGAAAGUGAAGAACUUGGAAGGAGCCUUUGAGGGAGAUGACUGCUCUGAGUAUGGACUGCCACCCAACAGCUUGGACCCUUCGGUCACCUGGAAUGACAUCUACUGGCUGCGGAGCCUGACACGCCUGCCCAUCAUCAUCAAAGGCAUCUUGACAAGAGAAGAUGCAGAGCUGGCAGUGAAACAUGGAGUUCAGGGAAUUAUUGUGUCCAACCACGGUGGAAGGCAGCUGGAUGAGGGACCUGCCACUAUUGAUGCUCUGGUUGAGGUUGUGGAGGCAGUACGAGGCAGAGUGGAAGUUUAUGUCGAUGGAGGAAUACGAAAAGGCAGCGAUGUGCUAAAAGCUCUGGCACUGGGGGCAAAAUGCGUCUUUAUUGGAAGACCAGCGUUGUGGGGCCUGGCUUACAAGGGUGAAGAAGGGCUUCAGGAAGUCUUGAGAAUCCUUCAGGAUGAGUUUCGCUUGUCUAUGGCCUUAGCUGGCUGUGCCAGCGUCUCAGAGAUCGGCCAGCACCUGGUUCAGUUCUCAAGGCUGUGAUCAGCCUCCUGCCAUGCCCACCAAACAGAGACAGCUGAAGCUAAGGUCCCAGCCAGACUGAAGAUGAAAAAGGAGGUGCAAUAAGUAUCUGAUAAGGCCUUCUGGACACUUCUGAAGAGAUUAGGAAAGGCUCUGUGUUAGCAAAGGCUGUUCUCUGCUUUUAUUGAAUGAAU